AUGCAAUGUAUUGCUUUCCUUGUUAUUUAUAUGCGCAGGAUACACAAGCUUCAAGACAAUUUGUCAGCGAAGCUACUAACUCUUCUCAAUCAACAUUCUGUAGAUUAUCAAUGUGUUUGUCUUGAUCGUGCACGGAACAAUUUGACGAUGACAUCUUCAGACAUCCAGAAUGACAUACUAAGGGCCAUGGCUUCAUGUGUAAGAGAGCAUAUUGUGAAGCAAAUCGGUGAUAGCUUUUUUCGUUUGCUGAUUGAUAAGGCUCGAGAUGAAUCAAAAAAAGAGCAGAUGUAUCUAGUUCUAAGAUUUGUCGACAGCUCUGGACCGCACGAUCUUUCGUUAUUCCGUGUACGAGUACAAGGAUAUGAUAGAGCAUAUAAUAUGCGUGGAGACAUUAAAGGGUUGAAGACUAUGAUCCAAAGAGAAAAACCCUCAGAAUACUAUGUUCAUUAUUUCGCACAUCGACUUCAACUUGCUUUGAUAUCAACAACCAAAAAUCAUAUCAAAACAAAAUGGAAAACUCAUUUUGUUUCUGUUUGUCGAGUGCUUGAUCUGUAUGAUUUAGUUGUCAAAGUUCUUGAAAUUAUUGUGGAAGAUGCAACUGUUACACAUUCAAAAGCAGAAACGUCAAGAUUAUUUUUGGUUUUAAUUUUACCUGUUAGCGAUGUGUCAACAAGACGUUCGUUAUCAACAUUGAAGAUUGUGAAAAUGCGGUUGAGGAACAAGAUGGAAGAUGAGUACCUUGCUCACGCUAUUAGUUUGUUUGUUGAAAGAAAGUUGGCACAAGGAAUCACUACCGACGUUUUUAUUGAGAAAUUUCAAGCGUUGAGCACUAGACAUUUGCAGUUGGAUUAA